GGAACGGCUGCGUGCUGUGAGCACCCCAGCCGAAAGUCUGGCCCGAGCUCUGCGCGUUCCCGCUGGAGGCGUGUGGCCUAAAUACAGCGUAGCAAGAGCUUUAUGAACGUAAUCAGUGAGACUGAAGAGCUCGGAGGAGACCUGGCGUGUUGGACCCCUGCAAAAGAGACUCUCUCCUCUCGCAGAGAGCAGCGACAGCGCGCAGGGACCGGGGCGGGCGAUGCUCAGCGCGCCUGGGGAAGGGGUGGUGUUCGCUGCAGCAGCGCAGGUGAGGCGUUGUGCGCUCUCGGCUAACGCUGGGAAAAGAAGACCUGAUCCAUGAGGGCCUGACGCUUUCCUUUCUAUGGGCCUGUCCUGCCCCAAGCUGGGUUUUUGGAUCCCUGUGCCUGGAGUAGCUCUGAGAGCACCUAAGCAUUGCUGUAAUAUGGACGUGCACCUGGAAGAUUGUCAGGAAAAAGCACACAGGGGAGAUCUGGGCUGCGUCUGACACCCCCAUCCUGGCACUAGAUGAAAUUUCUGGGGAUCUCCACCAGCAUCCUGUUCUGCUCCUGGCCUCAUACCGUAACUAUUCCUUGGUACAAAAGACAGGUUGCCUGCACUGAAUCAUCUCCUCCUAGCUGUCUUCCUUGCAGUCUGUGCUGUGUCAUCUCUCCCUGCUCUUUAUUUAAUAGAGUGCACGCAGCCAAGAGAGCUGAAAUGAAGCUGCUCGCUCCUGCGUGGUGCUCAGGAGCAGGAGCCGUUAUCUCUUCAGAGUUUUGUGCUAUUCCCAGCCUAUUGUUGUCCCUGUUUCUGCCUCUUCUGUGACGCCAGUCCUCAGUACAUUGAGAAUAAUUAUUGCUCUGGCUAUUGAAAUUGGCUGGAUGUCAUGUUAUUUUCCGUGAGCUUUGCAGCCCCUUUGUCACAUUGACUGGCCUGCUGCAGGACUGCCCAGUGCUUAUCUGGCAAGACAUUUAGGACUGGUCUCAGCGUGAGCUUCUAAGGCAGAUCUGGAACUGCAGGAUUAAUGGAGACGCGAUGAGAGCUUAGCCAGCCCGCUCCCUGUGGAUGGGGGACCGAUGCUGCCUUGCUCCACGAGCCGCCAUGGAGUUAGCCAAUACCAAAGAUUUCCAGUGGAAAACCCUCGCCCCCCUCCCAAGCCGCAGGGUCUACUCGACGCUGGUGGAAGCUGGCGGCCAGGUGUUCGCCAUUGGGGGCUGCGAUGACAAUGGCAUCCCCAUGGACUGCUUCGAGGUCUACUCCCCUGAGGCCAACCAGUGGAACUCGCUCCCUCCCAUGCCCACGGCCCGGGCUGGAGUGGCGGGGGGCCCCCUCGGGGGGGGGGGCAUGGUGAUAGGAGGGGUCGGAGUGAAUCAGAUGCCACUGAAGAUAGUGGAGAUGUACAACAUAGACGAGGGCAAGUGGAAGAAGAGAAACUCACUGAGAGAAGCAGCCAUGGGCAUCUCAGUGACAACGAAAGACUACAGAGUCUAUGCAGCUGGUGGGAUGGGAUCUGACUUGCGGCCGCACAAUUACCUGCAACAUUACGACAUGCUCAAGGACAUCUGGGUGUCGCUGGCAGCCAUGCCCACACCCAGGUACGCUGCCACAUCCUUCCUGCGAGGCGCCAAGAUCUACGUGCUGGGCGGGAGGCAAUCCAAGUACGCUAUCAAUGCCUUUGAGGUCUUUGACACAGAGACCAGAUCAUGGACCAAGUUUCCUAACAUCCCCAACAAAAGGGCCUUCUCCAGCUUUGUGCCCACAGAAGACAAACUCUUCAGUCUUGGGGGCCUGCGGCAGGGCCGGCUCUACCGGCAGCCCAAGUUCAUGAGGACUGUGGAUGCGUUUGACAUCGAACAAGGUGGCUGGAUGAAGAUGGAGCGCUCCUCCUACUUGAAGAAAAGGCGAGCAGACUUUGUUGCUGGCUACCUGAAAGGGAGAGUCAUUGUGGCUGGAGGACUAGGAAACCAGCCAACUGUCCUGGAGUCUGUGGAGGCCUUCCACCCUGAGAAGAACAAGUGGGAGAGCCUGCCCCCCAUGCCCACCCCGCGCUGUGCCUGCUCCAGCAUCGUGGUCAGGAACUGCCUGCUGACUGUCGGGGGGGUGAACCAGGGCCUGAGCAGUGCUGUGGAGGCCCUGUGUGUCUCUGAUUCCUAGCUGGCUCCUGCAGAGGACCCUGCUGCCCCGCUACAUCAAGCAGCGGUGGCAGUGCUGCUGCCGGGCUGGCUCCUGGCAGUGCGGAGCCUGUGUGGGCGCCACCUGAGCUGCUCUGGGAGCCUGGCAGCUCUGCUCUGGCUGCUAGCGGGUAAAAGCCAGCCUUGCUCUGAAGCUGUGGCCAGUAGGAGCCUGUUUCUCUUGUUGUUGUUCCUCUUCCUCCUCCUGGAUGCUGCAAUUCCAGCCCUACAGAGGGACGAUGGAAGGGGACAGCCCACAUGGAGCGCUUUAGCCAGGGGUCCCCUCCGAUAGCCUUCAGAGCUCUACAGGGAAACCCAGGGGAAGGAACUGCUCACAGAGCUGGUGUGUCAUGUCUUGUGUCAACAGGAAGGACUCUGGAGAUCAGGGCAUGGGCAAGCACCUCCAUCCUGCCAUCUUGACCCACCAUGAAAGGACAAGAGUUCAGAGGUGCUAGGAGUAUCCAGACGGGUCAGUGGUUGUUCAGGGAGAGCUCAUGUGAGGUUGCCCUCUCUGAGCACCCUGUGAUCGGUGUGUGCUUCCUUGCAGAGACCCCCCCUUGGCUUGCAACAAGGCAAACUCCUAAUCUGCAGCCACAUUUGGUGGUGGUGGGGGUGUCAUUCUUUUGCCUUCAUAGCAAGGCUUUUCCUGCAAACCCGUAGCAUUCGACUGUUGCUUUGCCAGGAGCUGGAGCAAGGGGCUGCCAGCGCCACUGGGAGGGGUGAAUGCCUGGUGGACUGUUUCAGUCAGAGGGAAGACCUUGCUUUUGGAACAGGACUAGCACAGAAACUGCCUUUGCUGGGUUUCACGCGUGGAUGGCGUCAACAUGCGAUGCUCCAACCCAGUUCUUGGCCCUUUCAAUGGUUUUAGGAUUCUCUAUUCGGUUUUAGGAGAAAGGAGCAAAUAUGAGCCCUGCCUCUGACUCUAAAGCUCUCUCAUCCCUGGGUCUGGGUGGUAGCUUUGGGUAAAGUUUUGCUUUGGCAGUGAAGGCAAAGGACCCUGGCCAUCGCGUCCUCGUUAUUUGGUUUCCAGCUUUCUGAGCGGUUUGAGCUGAGGGCUGUUUGAACUGUUGGCUUAUAGUUCUAGCUUGUAGCAGCUGCACCGUUAACAGCGGUCCUCAGAAGAGCUCUCGGACAAGCCCUGCCUGUGCUAAGGGCUGCCUCGGGGCCAUCUCUCUUGUGAUUGUAUAAAAACAGGGGACCUGGCCUACAAAGAGGGAGGG